AUGGUCUCUGAUCCUGUACCUGUCUUCUCACAUCUAGUGGUGAAAGUACCCAUCAUCAGUCAUCUGGAGUCCCUGAGGGAUGAGGAACUGGAAGAGAGGCGAGAAAAACGCAGGAAGCAGCUGGCUGAGGAACAAGCUAAGAUAGCUGACGUGACUAAAGAAGAAAAAGAGAAUAAGGAUCAGAAUACACAGGGUACCAUAUCCAAAACAAAUACUACUGAACAGAAUCUCUCAGAUAAGACCACUAGGCCUGAUAUCUACCCAACUACAUCUCUGGCAGAAGGCACCUCAGUUAGACCCAAACAGACUCUUGUUACUCUGGAAACUUCUCAUCAGCAACCACCUCUGCCUCCCCCACCAGCUAUUGGAGAGCUUCCCCAGCAGCUUCAUAUUCCAAAUACACCAGAGUCCUCUUCACAGCUUCUGAUGCCUGUGGAGCAAGAAGUCUUAGGUCCCAGAAGAUCAGGUGCUGAAACAGAGGCAAUUCUAAUGGAGUUGUCACCAGCUCCCACGAUAACCUCAUCUCCAGAAAGGGCUGAGGAUUCAGAUGUUCUAACUGCUGUGAGCAGUCAUCUGGAGGGCUCCCCUAUGGAUACCAGCAGCCUGGCAUCCUGCAACCUGGAGGAGGGAGUUGGGGACAGUGCAAUAUCCAGCAGCAUAGAGCCACUUGGGAUAGACACCACUGCUCCUGUGGAUAUUCCUCAGCGUACUACAGAAACACAGGGCAGUGGAGAUGGGCCAAGCGAAUCCCAGCAACAGACUGAAGACAGCUCCCCCCCAGCUUCAUCCUCUGAAAGAUCCUCCACUCGAGAUUCUGCUGUAGCCAUUUCUGGUGCAGAUUCCAGGGAUAACCUGGAAGAGCCACUGCCUUCAACAAGCAGUGAGGAAGAAGAUCCUCUUGCAGGUGAGAGCUCAGUGAUGUCAUGUAUUUUCAGAUGAUGUUAGGGAGUGUCC